AUGCCUUCCUCAUUCGAAUCAUGUCCUCCGGAAACGGUUGGCAACAUCGUCCAAAAUCUAUCGUUCGAGGAUAUCGGUAAUCUCCGGCUGAGCAGUCGCACGAUGGCCGCGUUGAGCACCCAAGAGAAGUUUGAAUCCUUCUUCUCGUCAAAGGAAACCAAACUGUCGCCGACGGACCUGAAUUACUUUGUCCGAAUGACGGGAGAAAGUUCGCUCGCAUGUCUGGUUCAGGAGUUGACCAUUUCCGGGAUCGCCGAUGACACAACAUUGCUGGAGCGUAUGCUGAAAGAGAAGGAUCGUCGGGAUCCAAAGACGCAGCGCUUCGUGCGGCUCACCGAGGAAGAGCUGGCCAAAACCAAGCGAGACCUCGACACCAUUAACGCUCAGCGGGAUGAGCGCGUCUCGAUGAGAGAGUCUGGAAAAGAUGUCGAGCUGCUCACGAAGGCAUUUCGCAACGUUCUGGCCGGUGGAAAGCAGGCCCGGCGCCUAGCCUUGACGAUGAAUGUUGUGUUACGCACCGAGGAUGCAGAGACCUUUCAAUCGCCUGUCGAAAGCAAAAACCGUGAUGCUAUUUGGCAGGCAGCAGCGGAUUGCUUCGGGUGCGUCAUGGGAUCCCUGAAAGACAGCAAGCUGCCGGUCCAAGCCCUAAACGUCUUCUAUACGACCAUGCGCUGUAGUCUGGAUCUCAGCCUGAUCAACAAGCUCAGGGGGCCAGCCGAGAAAUAUGCGGAUGUGCUGAAAGUAGUCAAGUCGCUUCGCAUUAGCCUCUCGGAAUGGCCCCGUGGUCGGUCAGAGCCGGUGCAGACCGACAGCCUCCACGAUGCGGCCUCUGAUGAGUCGCCAGGCAUUGCCGGUCUCUUGAAGCAGUGUCCCGUGCUGCGCACGCUUGAGGUGCAUUGGUACGAUACCGAUACAGACCUUCCGCAUUUGAACGGCGUUACUCUGCGUGGCCUGUACUUGAGUGAAAGCUCUUGUCUAAACUUCCUGCAGAGUGUGGCUUCAGUGAGCGAUCUGACCAUGGUCGAGAUCAAACUGAGCGAAGGGAGCUUUACUCCAAUCUUCGCGUACUGUGCCAGCGAGAAAGCCGGAAUAGACCGUGUCUACUUCGAAGACUUUUGGGAACGUGAACUCGUCUGGUUCGAUGAUGGGAGGGAACCGAAGGUGGCGGUCUGGGGAGCACCGAAGGGCGGACAAACAUUGGAGCGCAGCGGUGCGGAAGCCAGGCAGCCGAUUCAGUACCAUCUUGGUGAUCAGUACGAACGUUUGGCUUCACCGGAGGAGUAUAGGUGGAACGAGGACAGGUGUCGCGAGUAUGGGCCAUGA